CCUCCCCCCUCCCUUUCUGCCUCCUCCUGUCGUACACGCUAGCGCUUGCUUUGGUCUGGGAGUGUGUCGCACCUCUCUCUAAUCUCGGUUGGUUUUGUCUCUCGCUGCUCCGCUGCUGCUCUCAGGGGACUCGUCGCCGGGAAACGGAAUAAAAAACAUGGGAGUGACAGGCAGAUUGACUGCGGACAUGCUGGGAAUGGUAGUGGGAUUGAGCGGGAAAGCCACUGGAUUUCCCCAACAAUUCCCUCUCCCUCCCACCGACAUGCAGGAUUAACCAGGGACACCAGUUGGAUUCCCCGAAUUCCCAUCGGAGGUAUAGAGUAUGAUUUUUAUCCGUGUGUGUGUGUGAGGAGUGUGUGAUUAUGAGGCACAAAUGAACACGGUGUGUUGUGUGUCUGAGACAGUGCUACAGAUGAUCGACUCCCCCUUGUCGUUACAGCAGACACCUGCUGGUGCACCUCUUCCUGUAUGACUACAACUGGUGAGAAGGAGAAGAGACAUAAAGAGAGAAGAGGCUUAUGAGGCUUUCCAAGCCUUGGCCAAAAUGUGACAUUUAUAUGAGGAUUUUGAAAAAGGUCAAGACUAGAGAUUAUAAAGAGGGGGGUAUUAGUGUGUGCCCCCCCAACGGGAGUGGAUUUGAGGAUGGGCCCUGUUUGGCUCCUCCUGUUGCUGCUCACGCCCCUCCUUUCAGCACAGGUUAGCAUCGUUUCUGAAUUGGGGACUACAGCCGAGUCAGAGGACCCCACGGCGUCCGUUGUGAGUGCUACAGGUGCGUUGGACACCCCCUCCAGCCCCGAUCCCUCGGGGUCGGUCACAAACCCCUCGGAAGCCCCAGAGGAGGACUGGACGCCGGCAGAGGUCUUUCUCUACAGCGGGAACUACUCUGUCUUGGAGAUAGUGGAGUGCGACCGGGCGUACAGUCUCACGGGUCAGAAUGGCCCCCUGCCGCGAGGGUUCUAUGGCCCCCUCCGGCCGUCCAUGGACGCACUGGCCAACAUGGCCAACUUCCUCAACAUGAUCUUCCAGGCUAGCGACCUGCGGGAGAGCAGUGUGCGAGAGGACAUGGAGUGGUACCACGCCAUGGUGCGCGCCCUUCUGGAGGCCGACCCCCUCAUCCGACAGGCCCUCCUCACCUUUGAUGCCGACCCAGCCGCCACCGCCCCCCAACUCGUGCUCCGCGCCUCCCGGAACCCCGCCCCUCCCAGGUACCAGAACAUCCUCCUCCAGGACCUCUCUAGCCAAUGGGAGAGUCUGCACCUCCCAGCCCCCGCACCCGACGACACCUGGUUCAGCAGUUUCAAGUUUCCCGCCUCCUCGAACAAGCCCACCUCGGCCCUAUCUAAAAGAGUCCUCCUCAAUGACCUCAGCACCCUGGACACGCCCAAAUGGGGGCGGGGUGAUAGCUACGUGACCAAUCGCAGCGGGGUGCGCUGGGCCAAUGGGCCAUUCCUAGAGUGUGAGGACGGCCGCUUCCUGCCGGGCUGGCUGCUCACCCUAUCCACUUCCUUCUACGGCCUGAAGCCUGACCUCAGCCCUGAGUUCAGGGGUGUAAUCCGUGUGGAUGUAAACGUACAGGGCUUUGAUGUGAACCAGUGUGCCACGGGGGACGCUUGGUUUGCCAACACACACCAGUGCAACCGCACCACCAUGGAGUGUGAGCCAAUCACAGGCCAGGGAUUCAGAUUGGGCCAGUACUGCUGUCGCUGCAAAGAGGGAUACUACAGCCCCCCAAUGGACGAAGGUGGUGCUCUGAACGGCAGCGGUGGCGAGGGGGGUGACGUGUGUUACCCGGCCCUGCCUAUCUGUCUCCCCUGUUGGCCGGGCUGCAGGCGCUGCGAGGACGGUGCCCCCUGUUGGGUAGAGAAGGACUGGUUCCUCAGAGCCGGGGUGCUGGCCGUCCAGGGCUUCUUCAUGCUGCUGGUGUUCAUCAUAAUGCUGGUAGCCUACCAGUUCAGACGCAGCAGGAGGAUCCGGGCAUCGGGUCUCCUGCUGUUGGAGACCAUCCUGUUUGGCUCUCUGCUCCUGUACUUCCCGGUUUUCAUCAUGUACUUCAAGCCCAGCACCUUCCGGUGCAUCCUGCUUCGCUGGGUGCGACUUCUGGGCUUUGUCAUCGUCUAUGGAACGGUAACACUGAAGAUAUAUAGGGUUCUCAAGGUGUUCCUGUCACGCACAGCCCAGAGAGUGCCCUACAUGUCCAGCAUACACCUGCUGAGGAUGCUGGGAGUCAUGGUUGUGACCGUCAGCUGGUUCCUGUGUGCGUGGACCGCGGGCGUUCUACAGAACCGUGACCGGAACGUUCCGUUAAUGAUCAUAUCGACCACAUCGGAUGGUCAGGGCUUCAGCCUCUGUGACCUGGACCGCUGGGACUACAUGAUGGCCGUGGCCGAGCUGCUGUUUCUGUGCUGGGGCAGUUUCCUGUGCAGUGCUGUGAAGCCAGUGCCCUCAGCCUUCCACGAGCCUCGCUACAUAGGUAUCGCCAUACACAACGAGCUGCUGCUCUCCUCCAUGUUCCACCUGCUACGGUUUGUCAUGCCCUCUCUGCAUCCUGAUUGGAUGCUGUUGCUGUUCUUCACCCACACGCAUGUCACUAUCACUGUGACACUUGCCCUGCUCUUCAUACCCAAGUUCCUCCAUGUGUCGAGAGCAGGGAGAGAGGAGAUUGCAAAAGAGGUGUAUGAGGAUGAGGUGGACUUGCGGCGAUCCGGCUCGUACCUCAACAGCAGUUUUACCUCAGCAGUUUGGAGUGACCACAGCUUGGACCCCGAUGACAUUCGGGAAGAGCUGAAGAAAUUGUAUGGUCAAUUGGAGGUCCACAAGACCAAGAAGAUGACAGCAAACAACCCCCACCUGCAGAAGAAGCGCAGCUCUCGGCGCGGGCUGGGCCGGUCCUUCAUAAAGCGUAUCACUGAGAUCCCAGAGUCCAUGAGCCGACAGUGCAGCCGUGAGGGCAAAGAGGUCAACCUGGGCAGCAGGGAUGUUACGCACUCUGAGUCCUGUAAGAGAGCGCCAGAUACUUUUAACGUAAAUUACAAAGAUGAACCAGUAAAGCAGCCUUCACCAGUGCUGCGUAAAUCUCAAAGUGACUAUGACUAUGUAACAGAUAAGGACCCCUCCUUGCACGACUCCAUGUUAAGGGCGAAUCUAGCUAAGAGGUGCUCACAGCGCUCUGAGACAGACUCGCUGUAUAUCGCACCAUUGGUCUGUAAGUCGGCCAGUGCCCAAAACCUUACAGUCAAUAACAAUCUCCUGCUUCCUGGACCUACCAAGCUACACAAGUCACUGAGUUUAGCGUCCAGUAAAGCCCACAGUCUGGAAGACACCUCCCGGGUAGGCAGAGAUACCCCAGGCGAGCAAGGGCAGUCCCAACAGGAUGUCGCUAUCAAAGACCAGACCUCAAGUGCCCUUGUGCAAUCCCAGUCCUAUGACAAGGCCGAAGUGUGUCCCUGGGAGCUGGAGGAGGAACGCCCUGCCAACAAGAACCAGCCACACGUUACCUUUGCUCCCUCUGAGGAAGAACCACAGAGUCCAGAGAGUUUAUUAUCACCAAUACUGAAACAUAUUUGCCCCUGGGACCAUAUACCAGUUCCUACCCCAGCAGAAAGUCCUGCUGGGAGAUUCACAAGGGGGAGAGGCAGAAUGCGAGUCCCUGAGACCCCAGGCUCCCAUCUCCGCUAGUGUACCUGGGUCCAUAAAGGCCGCAAAGGACAUGCAGGCCUUCUCCUUCCGCACUUCCACCCAGAAAUGGCUCUCUGUGAAAUCUUUUGUAGGAUCUGUGGAUGCAAGCAUCAAGGAAAAAGCCAAAAAGGAGACAGCAGCAGAUACGGUAAAGAAACAGGACUCAAUUUCACAAAAAAGCCAGGGGAGUGUAGCCGCCAUUGCGGUCGUCGCAGCAUUAAAAUUAAAAACUCCAAGCAUUUCAAGCGCAGAAGCGAAAUCACCAAGUGUUUCAAACGUAGACAAGAGGACACAGCAAAAAAGAAGUAUGACAACAGUAAGUGUGAAACCUGCCCUCGUGAAACAGGCUGCAAUCAGAGUGUCCUCAAGUGAUUCCUCUGAAAGAAGUCCUAGGAGAAUAGUGGUUGUACAGUCCACUGUCGAUCCUUGGGACUCAGAGGACAUGCAAAAGGACAGUAUGUAUGAAAACGUGUUCAUCUCAAGGGAAAACAGUGCACAUAACACAGCUAAGACUCCUUCCACUCACAGAAAAGGUAGCCAAAUUAGGCCUGCUUUGAGUGUUGACCAAUCAGAUAUUUGCCCAAGGGAUGUUCCUGCUUCCUCCAAGCAGGCCCCACAGAGACAACAGAGCACCAUAGCAGACAUCUGCCCAUGGGAGGUGGAGGAACCAGAGGAGGAUCCAAAGGCGCCUGCAUGUGUCAGUGUAUGUCCUUGGGAAUCAGAAGAAGUAUUGGAAGAAGUAAUGAAAAGAAAGGAGAGUGUCCGGGGAGAUGUAUGCCCUUGGGAAGCUGAUGUUUCUGCCAACCCAAUUACCUCAGCGUCCAACCAGUCUGAGAAGAAACCAGAGGGUCGAAACAAGAAACCAACAGAUGUAUGUCCUUGGGAAACCGAUGAAACCCCACAGACUUCUCACGGCCUGAAACCCCAAGAGAGUGUACGGGUUGAUGUCUGCCCUUGGGAUGUGGGGGAUUCCUUCCCUGAAAAAGUAAAGGUGGCGAUUAUUUAUGAAAAUGUUAAUCCACAGGAGGACAAGGGAUUGCGUAAGGCGCCAGCAAAACGUCAGGAGACAAUACAUGCCAAAGUCUGUCCAUGGGAAUCUGAAGAAACCCCAACAUCCCAAGACGGUGUACGGGAGAAUGUCUGUCCUUGGGAAUCAAUGGACACGCCAAGCAUUGAGAAACAAGAUGUACAAACAAAAAGCACAGAGCAAGCUAAAUCUGCCCCUGAAAAACUAAGUGUCCCCUUAGCGAAAGCAUGUCCAUGGGAAUUCCCUGACCCACCGAAAGACUUGACAGUACUUUGUCCUUGGGAAGAGGAGGAGAGUCCAACGCCAUCCAUAACCAUAAAGAUCACCAAAGGAUCAUUUUCCCAGGAGACCACAGUCGUAAAAACAGACAUUUGUCCAUGGGACAUUGGAGACCAAGAAAAGACAGAAGGAAAAGACGGCCCUUGUACAAAUGUUUGUCAAGGCAGCACUCAAGCUGAUCCAAAAAAGACUGACAGCGUUCAAGUAAAUAUUUGUCC